AUGGUCGUCUUCCGUGAUGUGUUCCGACUUCCCGACCCGUUUGCAAUUGUCACGGUAGAUGGAGAGCAAACACAUACAACGUCUGUCAUCAAAAAGACGCUCAACCCAUAUUGGAAUGACUCGUUUGAUGUUAAUGUAAACGAUGCAUCUGUCGUUGCCGUACAGAUCUUUGACCAGAAAAAGUUCAAAAAGCGCGAUCAGGGGUUCCUUGGUGUUAUUAACGUGCGGAUCGCUGAUGUCGUGGAUCUGGAACUUGGCGGCAAAGCGCUCUUGACGCGCGACUUGAAGAAGUCAAACGACAACCUGCCCAUUCAUGGCAAGCUGAUCAUCGAUAUCAACACAAAUGUCGCUGCUCCUCUAGCCCAUGGUUCUGGUGCAGCCUCUUCCUCACAUCUCACCGCGGGUGGACUCGCGCCAGUUGCCUCGUCUGCGUCUGUCUCCAGCGCGCCACACAGUGGUCGUGCACCGACCGUGGCUACUCAAGCAUCGCCAGCAGUGCCAAUGAGACCAGUUCCUCCUUCUGCCGCUGCCACUGCGCGUCCAGUCGCUCCAGGCAGCUCGACGCCAUCACUUGAGCCCGUUGUACCCACGAUUGUGCAAACAGAAGCCACCGCCCCCACCAUGGCCUCCCACACUGCGCCUGCCAUGUCGCCAUCGAAUUUGAACCAGUCGCGUGUUCCCGAUAGCCGCGCGGAUGACUUGGGCCCUCUUCCUCCUGGCUGGGAGCGCCGCACGGAUCAUCUCGGUCGAAUCUAUUACGUGGACCAUAACACUCGGUCUACGACGUGGACACGACCGUCGGGUGAUGUGAAUGCUCAGCGGGCAAAUGCAGAAAUGGAUCGCUCGCGUAUGUCCAGCACGAUUGUAGCGGACGAUUUCCUUGGUGUUGAGGGACAAAACUCAGGGGCUGCUGGUUCUUCGACGCCCGUCACCGCAGCGACGAACGAAACGUCCACUGGUGCUGGACCCUUGCCCAGUGGUUGGGAGCAACGGACUACGGCGGAGGGCCGCCCGUACUUUGUUGAUCAUAACACGCGCACAACCACAUGGGUUGAUCCACGCCGUCAACAAAUCUUGCGUAUCAUGGGCCCCAACGGCAACAACUUGAGCCUUCAGCCCCAGAGUGUAAGUCAACUGGGUCCACUCCCAAGUGGAUGGGAGAUGCGUCUCACUUCUACGGCCCGUGUGUACUUCGUCGACCACAACACAAAGACGACAACUUGGGAUGACCCACGGCUGCCCAGUUCCCUGGACCAGAACGUGCCGCAGUACAAGCGCGAUUUCCGCCGCAAGCUUAUCUAUUUCCGCUCGCAACCUGCGCUGCGUCCUAUUCCUGGUCAGUGUCAUGUCAAGGUUCGCCGCACGCAUAUCUUUGAAGACUCGUACGCGGAGAUUAUGCGCCAGCAGCCGAAUGACCUGAAAAAGCGCUUAAUGAUCAAGUUUGAGGGUGAAGAUGCCUUGGACUAUGGCGGUGUCUCCCGUGAAUUCUUUUUCUUGUUGUCUCACGAGAUGUUCAAUCCUUUCUACUGUUUGUUUGAAUACAGCGCACACGACAACUACACCCUUCAGAUUAAUCCACACUCUGGUAUCAACCCAGAGCACCUGAACUAUUUCAAAUUUAUUGGUCGCGUCUUGGGACUUGCCAUUUUUCACCGUCGUUUCCUUGAUGCACACUUUAUCGUCUCGUUCUACAAGAUGAUCUUGAAAAAGAAGAUCACGCUUGCUGAUAUGGAAAGUGUCGACGCUGAUUAUCACCGCUCACUGCAGUGGAUGCUCGACAACUCGAUCGAGGGUAUUAUGGAAGAGACGUUCAGCACAAUGGAAGACAAAUUCGGCGAAAUGGUCACAAUCGAGCUCAAGCCCGGUGGCGAGCAUAUCGAUGUGACCAACGAGAACAAGCGGGAAUAUGUGGAACGGAUGGUCGAAUGGCGUAUUGUAAAGCGAGUCGAAGAACAGUUCCGUGCAUUUAUUAGCGGCUUCUCCGAACUGAUCCCUCUGGAUCUAAUCAAUGUAUUUGAUGAACGUGAGCUGGAACUGCUUAUGGGCGGUAUGUCGGAAAUUGACGUCGACGACUGGAAGCGCUUCACCGACUAUCGUGGCUUCACUGAGCAAGAUGAUGUUGUACAAUGGUUCUGGCAGUGUGUGCAGCAGUGGCCAGCCGAGCAGCGCUCGCGUCUUCUGCAAUUUGCCACAGGCACAUCUCGUAUACCUGUCAAUGGCUUCAAGGAUCUCCAAGGUUCUGAUGGUCCUCGCCGCUUCACCAUUGAGAAAUCUGGCGAAAUUAACCAACUGCCCAAGUCGCAUACGUGCUUCAACAGGAUUGAUCUUCCACCAUACCCAUCCAAAGAAGUGCUGGAAAACAAGCUUGUGCUAGCCAUUGAGGAGGGAAUGCGCUUUGGCAAUGAGUAA